AUGCUGAGUCGCCAAUUCGCACGCGCCGCCGCCGUCACCUCGCGUGCUGGCCUGCGAGCUCUCAGCUCAACUGCCGCUCGUCUGGAUGCCCACACGCCUUCCAUGGGAGACGUCAACCCCUCACGCGCCGCCGUGGACACGUUCAACCAGAAGCAGAAGGCAUUCCGCGAGCACCUGGUCGAGGCACAGAAGGAGCGAGAAGCCAGUGAGUUGCCUGCCCACCCGCAGCCUGCUAACGUUCCGUUCGCCAAGCCGGACGAGGGCUUACAGAAGGACGACGCAGGACGAACCGCAGAGGUCAAGGAGCCAGAGCCCCCCCGCAAGGCUGGGCCUCUGACGAACCUCAUCUACGGCACAAAGGAGGGUCGUGAGCUUGACGCCCAGCUCGAGGCGAGCUUCAGUCAAGUUCUGGCCCGUGGCAAGUAUGUCCACUCGAUCGUCUUCCACGAGGUCAAGCCCGAAAAGGUGGACGAGUAUGUCGACCUUGUGGGACACUGGUACCCCAAGAUGGCCAACGCCCCCGAGAACAAGGUGCAUCUAGUCGGAAGCUGGAGGACAGAAGUCGGCGACUGCGACACGUUUGUUCACAUCUGGGAAUAUCAAAAGUACGAGGGCUACCACCAGUCCCGACACUCCAUCACACACCAUCCCGAAUUCGCCGAGUUCGAUCGCAAGCUCAAAGGCAUGAUCAACUCCAAGAACAUCUCGCUGAUGCAGGAGUUUUCCUUCUGGCCGACCACCCCUCCACGACAGCUCGGUGGCGUCUUUGAGCUGCGGUCUUACACACUGCACCCCGGCAACCUGCUCGAGUGGGAGACGCACUGGCGACGAGGCCUCAAGGCCCGCCGUGAGGUCAUGGAGGGCGUGGGCGCUUGGUUCGUCCAGAUUGGCGACCUCAACACUGUCCACCACCUGUGGCAGUUUGCCAACCUCGAGGAGCGCCGCGCUCGCCGCGAGCAGAGCUGGCAGGUCGAGGGCUGGAGCGACACUGUCCACAAGACGGUUCCUCUGAUCCAGAGCAUGAAGUCGCGAGUCCUCAUUCCCAUGCCUUGGUCUCCCGUGGCCUAG